UUCGUACACAGAGUUUAUAGAGUGUAUAAUACAUAUAAGUGUUGUUAUGUUGUUUGCCUAUAUUCAGAAAUAAAUUUACUAAUAAGUAAAAUAAAAAAAAUGUUGAAAAACAGUUUUUUUUGAAAUAUAAUUUUUCAAAAAAAGAGUUCGUUUUUUUUUUUAGUUUAAGUGUUUUUGAGUUUUUAUUAUUUUUUUUAAAAAGUUAGUGCGAAUUGUAUGCGGGUGUUACUUAGUGUGCUUGUGAUAAUGGAAAAUUCGGGUGGUCGUGAUGCUAGAUUUAACAUAGCAUAUAAUAUGAAUAUAUUAUCUGGUGAAACAUCACCGGAUAUAUAUUCAUCGAAUCCAAUGAAUCGUAUUCCAUCGACGAGCUUACAACAAAUCUCACCGAGACAUUCAACAAUGGUUACAAGUAUUUGUGGUUCACAAAAUCCUCGCGGUAAUAAUACCGGGCUAAAAAGUAAUACGCCGGAUGUGUGCUACGAUGAUCGUGGUUUAACACAAUCGCAAGGAUUAUCGAUUGAACAAUGUGGUGUAUCGGAAAUUGAUCAAGAUACAUAUACAUCAAUGCAACCGAAAAAAUCACCGCCUAGUAAUGGGAAAAAAACAAAAGGGCGAGUAAAAAUUAAAAUGGAAUAUAUUGAAAAUAAAUUACGAAGGUAUACAACGUUUUCCAAACGAAAAACUGGUAUUAUGAAAAAGGCAUAUGAAUUGUCAACAUUAACGGGAACGCAAGUCAUGUUAUUGGUGGCAUCUGAGACUGGUCACGUGUAUACAUUUGCAACGCGGAAACUACAACCAAUGAUCACAUCUGAGGCUGGCAAAGCAUUAAUACAAACAUGCUUAAAUUCACCAGAUCCAGCUGGCGGUACACCAGGUCCUUCGGGAUCCGAUCAACGUAUGUCAGCGACCGGCUUCGAGGAGACUGAAUUAACAUAUAACAUCAGUGACGAGGACACCAAAGAUGAGGAUUCAUCACCAGGUUGUGGAGAUUCAAGUGAUUCGGGUAGUGGUGCAGAUUCGCCAGGACCUCCCACAAAUAACACCGAAAAUAAGAAACAUUUCGAUUUUCCAACAGUAUCGACAACAUCGAAUUCAACUACGAAUAAUAUAACAACUUCAAGUCCCCUAACUGGUGCUUUGCCUCCGGGUAUUACUGUCUAUCAAACUCCCGGUGGUGCUAUGUAUGCCGCACCCACCGGGAGUGGUGAAGAAAGUCGAGUACCUACGGGUGCUGGUGUUAUUUUAAGUUUGCAAAAUGGCCCUCCUGGGGCUCCUCCACAAUUUAUAACUAUUCCAUUAAUGGGUCCUGCACCGACAACUGCUUCAUCAACCGCUACUUCGAGUCAAAAUUCUUCGACAAUUACUUCGUCGGCUCCGUCGGUUACGACAAAAACUCUUAACACAAUUACUCUAAAUUCAACAACAAAUCAACAGGAAAUUGAUUUGAGUAUAAAAACUGAACGAAAUUUAUAACAAAAAUUCGUUAUUCUGGAAUAAUCCUAGGAAAAAGCUGGAUGUUUUCCUAGUAAUUUUUCUUUAUUUUGCGUACUUAUUUUCUUGAAAUAAGAAAUGGAAUGAAAUGA